UUCAUCUUGUUUUAAGAUUUUCAGUUUUUCGUGGAUUUGCCGUGCGUUUGCAUCGCCCUAAAAUACAUUUUUAGUAGAGAUAUUUUAAAGUUGACAUUUUCAAAAAUAAAUAAAAAAAUUUUAAUAUCUCUAAAUAAAAAUAAAUCUGUGGAAUAAAAUUAAUAUUUAAUUUAAAAAAUGCUUUGAUUUAUUAAAAAUAAUUUUAGUGUAAUUUAAUUUUUAAAAAUUUUUGCAACAGCAAAAAAAUAUAAAAAAAAAGAAUAGUGAUUUUUCAAAGAAUAAAAUUUUUUUGGUUUUGAUUCCGAAAUUUUUUUAGAAAAAUCAUUUCCUUAUAAAAAAAGGUUUACCAAAUACUUAAACAAAAAUGAAUAUUUUACAUCAUAAAAGCUGGCACGUGCGAAAUAAAGAUAACAUAGCACGCGUGAGGCGCGAUGAAGCAAAAGCUGCAGAGGAAACAAAAAAGAAGGAAGAUCAAAUUUUAAGAGCAGAACGUGAAGCUAGAAUUUCUUUUUUAAGAAAUCAGCAUUCUCAAAACAAAAGUAAUGAAAUUGAUAAAACAUUUUUAAAUCAACAGAAAAAUAAUCAAGAACAAGAACCAGGUACUAGCAGUAAACCUGAGGGUCAUUUAAAUCUUUUUACUUUAAAUUAUACGCAGUCGAAGGCGAAUAAGGAACAUGAAAUUGAAAAAAAAGAAGAAAAAGAAAAAUACGAGAAGCAAAUUGGUUAUCUUACGUAUUUAGGUCAAUAUCAAAACGAAAAUCCCCAUCUUAAACGGUGGUAUGAUAUAGCACCAAAACGUUUCAAUCCCGAUUCUGAGAUGAAUGAUGAUGAUGUUAAAGAUGCUGAAAAGAAAAAAUACCAUGAUCCAAUGAAAAUUUUUGUAGGCACAUCAAAAAAUUAUAAAACAGAUGAAGAAGACGCUAAAGAAGAAAAAUCCAAAAACGAUAACAUAAAGAAGUUGAAAAAAAAGAAAAAAGAAAAAAAAAGUAAAAAAGAGAAAAAAAAAUCUAAGGAUAAGAAAAAAUCAAAGGAUAAAGAUAAAAAUAAAAAAGAAAAGCUAAGAUUAAAAGCAAUUGAUAUCCAGAAGUUGAGAGAAGAAAGGUUAAGAAGAGAAGCAAUUGAAAGAAAGAGGGCAGAUGAAUUAUUGAAAAAUUUUUAUAAAACCUAAGAAAUUACAUGAAACUUUUAUUUGGGCCUAUGUUUUUGUAAAACAUACUACCUAUGUAUUUAUGUAUAAUAUAAACUUAACUAACUGUAUAAUGAAUUUAUGAAGAUCUAAAAAUGAUCUCAAGCUUGUAUUAAAUUUAUUUUUAAUAAAACUUACUUAAAGAAAUUACGGAUAGAGUUAAUUAUUGGUUAACUUUUGUUACUUUUUCAUUAGAAAUAUUCGGAUUUGUGGGCAUGCUAAAUAAUGGGUAUGCUAAGCUAAAAUUUGGUUAACGCGUUAAUAUGAUCAUAUGUGUACAUAGUAUAUGUUUAUACAUGACAAUAAAAACUUGAAUGAACCUUCAUGUAUGACUUGGAGUUU